UGCGGGCCCGGAACCGGUCUCAUAUCUUAUCGGAUUGAUUUGUUCACCGGGGCCGUAGAGAAUGUUCUCGAGAUUGGCGUUUUUCUGUCGUUGAGUGACUCCCGUGGUGUGAACCUCUGCGUGUGCCUUGUGCGUUUGGCGUACGGUUGUGGUGUUUUUAGAACAGUGUUUUUUAUCUAUAUUUAGUUAGUAUACCCUUUCUUUUGUGAUUUGCCAAUAACCAAGAAUUGGUACUCGGAACCCAUUCCAGUUUGCCCCUGCCGUUGCGGAUCGUCCGUGUAUUUGAGUUCCCGUCGCACGUGUCGAGUUAUCCACGGUCACGUGGGAUAGAAUACAGUGGGACUCAAAUAUAUUGAGGUAUAAAACGAUCAUGAGGCAAUGUUUGGGUGUACAAUGAAAAUGGGACUUGCUACUUCGAGCAUACCGAAAAAUGUGAUAACAGAACUCAUUAAUGAAGAUGACCUUAUAUUUGUUCUUGAAGACUCUAAAAUUACAAUUUCUAAUGAGAAUGAGGAGACGAAUACUACUGAAAAAAUCAAUGAGAACAUAGACAUUGAUCAUAACCAAGAAAAAAAAAAUCGAUAUUGAGAUCUACAAAAAUAAAGGGGUAGAUAUAGAAACAAAAAUAGACAACGAUGAAAAAACAAUUUUAUCGAAGAAAGAUAAAAAUGAAAAAGUUAAUGAAAAAAUAUUACUUGGACGUUCUACUAAAAUUAAACGACAACGAGAAGAGUCACUACAAUCUCUGGAAAAACAAGCAAAAAAAAUGAAAACAAUAUCUAAUAAAAAUUUUCCUGCUGCAUUAAUUAGUCAAACAGUGCGAGUGAAAAUUCCAGAUUUCGACCAAUGUAAAAUUGGUUCUCUCAAAUUAUUGGCUGUAGUUGUUGAAAUUAUUGACGAAGAAUUUUAUCGAAUAGGAUCUAAAGCUGGGACAUUGAAUCAAUUAUUCACUAGAAAUCAAUUUACUUUAUGCGAAGAAAAAUUUAUUUCAAUAUCCGAUGUUACAAAUACAACAAAAAGCAUACGCAAAGCUGUUGCUCAACUUUCACUAUCAGGUGGGCAAGGAUUUUUGAGGUGUGAUUGCCAGAAAAAAUGUACAACUAAAAAAUGCAAAUGCCGCCAGUCAAAUGUAUUAUGUAAUAGCAAGUGUUAUAAUAGUACAACAUGUGCAAAUAAAUAAAAAUUUUAAAUAAUUAUUUCUAACU